CAAAUAUUUUGUGAUUCUAAUAAUAAUAAAUAGUUGACUAUAACACCUGUAACAAAUAGCUGGCACGCGUUCACUCCCGGUAAAAAUAAUUAGUUGGACAAAUAUCUGUUUUAAUUUUAAAGUAACUCGAGACACUUUUUUGUCUAAACGACAAAAAUGUCACCAAUUACAAGAAUUUUAAUACUCAUACUGGCCGUAGUCGGCGGUAUGUUGUAUAAAAAAGUAAAUGAACUAAUGGGCGAUGCCCCAGUGCCCAAUUUACCACUUAAUCAAUGGUGGGGCGAUGAAGCUGAACCCAAAGAUUGGCAGGCCUAUUUGGCCAACUCAUCCGAGGUCAUUGGCAAUAAAUUACUCUAUGCCGAUUUGACCAUUGAUGAUUUAAAAGCUCAACUGAAUCGCUCAUUACAAUUGACGGAACCCCUGGAAGGUGUUACAUUCGAAUAUGGAUUCAAUACGAAACAAUUGAAAGAAAUUAUUGAAUAUUGGCGAGAUGAUUAUUUGCCGCGUUGGCGUGAACGUGAAGUGUUUCUUUGGCAAUUUAAUCAUUUUACCACCGAUAUACAAGGUUUACGUAUGCAUUUUCUACAUUUAAUGGUUUACGAUGAAUACACCGUAGAUAGACAUCAUUACCCGGUCCUAUUGUUACAUGGUUGGCCUGGUUCCGUACGUGAAUUCUACAGUUUAAUUCACAAACUGCAUCAAACGAAAAAAGACAAAAAUAAUAAGUACAUUUUCAAUGUCAUAGUGCCCAGUUUGCCCGGUUAUGCUUGGUCUCAGGGUACUUCGAAAAAGGGCUUGGGUCCCGCUCAAAUGGCAGUUAUGAUGCGUAAUCUAAUGUUACGUCUUGGCUAUAAAAAGUUUUUCAUACAAGGUGGUGACUGGGGUUCAGUAAUUGGUUCACACAUUGCCACAUUAUUCCCGGAAAAUGUUCUUGGCUAUCACUCCAACUUAUGUACAGCAUUGACACCCAAAGCUAUGAUAAAAGGUGCCGUUGCCAGUCUAUUUAGUUUCUUUGCACCCAAAGGUCACGAAAACUUCUUUUUCCCCAUGUCGGAAAAACUUCAAUUUAUAAUGGAAGAAACUGGUUAUAUGCAUUUACAAUCGACCAAACCCGAUACUAUAGGCACAGCUUUACAAGAUAAUCCCGUAGGUUUGGCCGCUUAUAUACUUGAAAAAUUCUCCACCUGGACAAAUCCUUCAUAUCGUAGUUCAUCCGAUGGUGGUCUUAAGAAACGCUUUAAACUAGAUGCUCUUCUGGAUAACAUUAUGAUUUAUCAUUUAACUAAUUCCAUUACUACAUCUCAACGUAUUUACAAGGAACAUUAUGCACCGGAACAGAGGGCCUUACAAUUGGAACGUGUACCCACUAAUGUGUUAACGGGUUGUGCUCGUUUCAAAAAUGAUUUAAUGCAUUUUUUAGAUUUCCAAUUAAAGGAUAAAUAUCCCAAUUUAAUUCAUAGUACUUACCACAACGAAGGUGGUCAUUUUGCCGCCAUGGAGUUGCCAACCACCUUAUACGAGGACUUUAUAAGUUUUGUUAAGAAGGUGGAAAAGGUUAAGAAAAUUUCUAAUUACAAAAGAGAAUUAGAAACAAGUUAAUUAUUUAAUCUAAAUAAGUUUAAUAUUUGUUAUUGCAUUUUAUAGUUUUUGUAAAUAAACAAUUUACUCAAA